GCUCAUUUCUUAGUUGGAAUGAGGCAGGCUUUUUGUUUUAUUGUUGUUGUUUUUAAGCGUGUGGCAGCUCCGUGCAAAUAGGAUCACAUCAAGGGCAACUCCAGUGGGGACCCUCCCUCGCCGGCAAAGCAGGGUGAGACUCUGGGGGCUGGGGCCCUGAUGAGCACGAAAAUGCCCCCCCGUGCAGCUGCAGGGAGGUGCGACUGGAAAGCGGCACCGCCUGUGAUGGGCUCCGAGGCCGGCCUGGCAGAGCCCGGGGGCGUGGCCCUUCCCCCGCCCCCCGAAGUCAGUCCAGAUCCCACACACCCUGAAUUCACUGCAGUGAGCGAGCUGCCAUUGCUUGCAGGCUUGUGGGCUCCGGUAAAACAUCCAGGUGUGCGUCGUGGCCUGGGGGAAGGGGAGACACAUUCGCUGCACCCCGACUUCUGUAGAGGAAAGAGUGCACCAUCUCUCCGUGCUCUGGAGAGGAAAACUUGUGAUCUUUCGGAGAGAAACACGGGUGAACGCGCGUCCCAGCAGAAAGCCUGCUGGGGCCACCGUGCAAAUGAGAGCCGUGAUUGGUUUUCACCUUCUUCCAGAGGACUUGGUGACUGGCUGCACUGAGCUUUAAAGACUGGGUUUCGUUUCCGUGGGAGCGUUUCAGGUUCAAGGACUGCUUGUUAAUGGUUUGCGACUGCCUGACAAUAAACCGAGCCUCAGUUGCUGCAGCCCGGGCGGAUGCCUAAGGACCUGUGACCAGGAAGAAAGUUAGAAUUGGGGACGGAAGGAAGCCAGUGGUCUCCCCUGCCUGCUGGGCUGGGCUCUUCAUGGGAUUGAAGCUUCUCGAGCCUAUGCAGGCAGCCUGGAAAUGGUGGUCUUCAUUAAAGCCAAGAUCAAGUCUCUAAUUAAACUCUUUAAGAAGAAAACUGUUUCCAACCUAGAUGAGGAGAGCCGAUGGACGGUCCACUACUCGGCCCCGUGGCACCAGCAGGAGAACGUGUUCCUUCCCUCCACCAGGCCCCCCUGCGUGGAGGACCUGCACCGCCAAGCCCAGCUGAACCUCAAAUCAGUACUGAGGGAAUGUGAUGCUCUGCGGCGGGACGGCUAUCGGAGUUCUCAGUAUUACUCUCAGGGACCCACCUUCUCCGCCAGCUCCAGCCCGCUUGGCCUCGAUUACCAAGAUGAGGAUGAGGAGACGGACCAAAAGUGUUCUGUAUCUUCAUCGGAAGAAGAAAGGCUUAUUUCCAUCAGGAGACCUAAAACGCCAACCUCAAGUGACUUCUCUGACCUUAACACGCAGACAAACUGGACCAAGUCGCUUCCACUGCCGACGCCCGAAGAGAAGAUGCGGCAGCAAGCUCAGACGGUCCAGGCCGACGUGGUUCCGAUUAACAUAACUGGGGAGAAUUUCGAUCGCCAGGCCAGCCUUCGGCGGUCUCUAAUUUACACAGACAGUCUGGUAAGACGACCGAAGAAAGUCAAAAGGAGAAAGACUAUUACAGGAGUCCCUGACAACAUUCAGAAGGAGCUAGCGUCGGGCGCUGGCCGGGAGGACGUGGGCGGCCCCUCGACGUGCGCCCCCGAGCCCUACGCCACGCUGGGGCGGCUGGGCAGCUCCCGGGCCUCCGGGCAGCGCUCAAAAACGCGGGACUCGAGCUGUCAGACCGAGGACGUGAAAGUCGUGCCCCCUUCCAUGCGGAGGAUCCGGGCGCAGCGGGGCCAGGGCAUCGCGGCGCAGAUGAGCCACUUCUCGGGCUCCUCCGGGAACGUGUCGGUGCGGAGCGACCCCGCCGGCGUCGUGCCCCCUCCCCGCCUGCACGCCGACGCCGGCUUCCACAGCCUCCCCCGCCCCGGGGCUCUGGCGGCUGAAGACCCGGGCGGCACGUUCCCCUACCCGGGCGCGCACCCACACCCAGAUGGGAUCCUAGCACCUUUUGGAGGGGCCCCGGGGGCUGGGACCCUCUGGAGGCCCGCGUCCCAGGAGCUGCGGCACUUCGCGGGCGGCCAGGCCUUCCCCGCGUGUCUGGUCUCCCCUCACGCGACCUACUCCACCAGCAUCCUCCCCAACGCCAGGCUGCCCUGCUCCUCGGAAGUCGUUCUUAUCCACACUGCGCUCAGGACCCCCGCCAGCGCCUCCUCCGCCCACCCAAAGCUGAAACCCCGCGCCUCCCUCACCUCCAGGGCGCCCGGGAGGGACGCGCCUCCGUGUGCGCUGGGCCUCUGGGGUGGGAGCGCCCCCUGCGCCCUCCCCCGGGUUCUGGACGCCUGCUCCCCCGGGGGCGCCUCGCUGCUGUCCCUGUGCGACCCCGCUGUCCCUCUCCAACCCCCAGCCAGCCGUGAGAACGGGGCCCAAGGCGCGGCGUAUAACUGCGGAAACAGCCUGAGCUUUCCGAGCUCCCCCCAGGAUGCGGAUGGCCGCAGCGAGUCGAGUUAUUCCGGAGGGAGGGGGCCCGGCAGCCCGCGGCCCUGGGAGUAUCAGACCUCGGGGACCGGGAGCGCCUCCCCGCAGAAGCCCCUCGGGGCGCCCGGGUCCUCCUCUCCCGCGAGUCCUGGGAGCAGCUGCAGUUUAGAGCAGACGUCCAGCAGGGAGGACGCGGGGUCCCUGCACUCCGGGGACCCCGAUGGCUACUACAUCCCUGGGCCCACGGACCCGGGCCCCGGAUCUGGGAAUCUGUGCAAUCGCCGGGAUAGCUUCGGAAACCCCAGGCAUAGCGUGGUCAAUGUUUUUGAUGGAAGAGCCCAGAAAACCCUAGGGGACCGGCCACCAAAUGGCCCCGAGAAAUCCCUUUCGCGAAACAUCUCCCUGAAGAAAGCCAAGAAGCCCCCUUUGCCCCCCUCGCGCACAGACUCCCUCCGCCGGGUCCCCAAGAAGGGCACCCAGGCCAACGGGCAGGUGCUGAGCGAGAGCCUCCUGGCCUCGCUGCAGCAAUCGCUGCGCCUGGGCCUGCAGUCCCCCGACGGCCGCUCGCCCUCGCCCCGGCCCUGCAGCGACUGCGACGAGCCCUGGCCACCCCGCUCCCGCAGCCAGAGCACGGCCAGUGUGGGCAGCAGCCUGGCCUCCGCCGCCACCCCCACGGCGCGCUCCCUCGGGGCGGCCACGCCGUCGCAGAGCGACACGAGCAGCGUCCGCUCCGAGUACGCAGACUCCUGGGGCUACUACAUCGACUACACGGGCCUACAGGAGGAUUCCGGCCAUCCGGCAGGGUUGUGUCCGGCCAGUGGCCGGGCACCAACCGGGAACGGGACCGCCCGCGAUGUCCCCGACGGGUUCAGGGCUGCGGGGCCGCAGGCGCCCAGUGGUGGCUCGGUCAAACCAAAGAUCACCUCCCCUGAGAAGCUGCCCAGGGUCACGUCUCCAUCCAGUGGUUACUCCAGCCAGUCCAACACGCCCACAGCUGUCACCCCCGUGCCUGUGUUCUUAAGGUCAACGUCACCAGCAAACGGGAAGGGGAGGACCCGGCCCAAGGUGCCGGAGAGGAAGUCCUCCCUGAUAUCCUCCUUGUCCGUCUCCUCCUCUUCCACCUCGCUUUCUUCUAAUACUUCUACGGAAGGGAGUGGGACACUGAGGAAGCCCGAGUCGGGGACCAGCUGCCUGGCGGCCCCUCUAGCUGGGCCACCCCCAGGAAAUGCUGAGAGAUCUCCUUUGCCUCCUCCCCCUCCUCCUCUGGCAGAUUCCUCCGACGACUAUCCUCUGCCCCGCUCCCCCGUUUUCCCCCCUCCGCCACCAGAAGUCCUGGGUGCAUUAUGUGCCCCCACUGACACCUGCUUCUCUCCUCCCCCCACAUCACUGAGCCCCAACCUCCCAGAGCCUUCAGCAUCCUUCCCGUCCCCUCCACCUUUCUCACCCUCCCCACUUCCUCCCCCUGCCCCUCCUCUUGACCCCAAAUGGAUGCAGAAUCCCAGGCCUUCUCGCACACCAUCCAGCCAGCCAGAAGCCACCUGCAGUGCCUUUAAGCAGCCUGCCCCCAGGGAGGACAGCCUGAGACCCCCCAUGCCCCUGAUCACCACGGAAGCCUUACAGAUGGUACAGCUGAGGCCCGUGAAAAAGAACUCAGGGACCGAGGGAGCACUGUUAGCAGAAAGGAUAGCUCAGGAAAAACCAGCUCCGGGCGUUCCACAGUAUCAUUUAAAGCCAUCUGCUCUCCUGAAAUCCAGAAAUAGCAUCAAUGACAUGGAGAGCCAGAGCCGGAAUGCCUCCCCGAGCAGCUCGCUCCCGGCUCCCGCCCAGAGCCCGACUCAGGGUCACCAUCGUGCCGGGGCAGCCAAGCGCGACAGUCCACCCAGCCGCAGGGACGCCUGGCCAGCCAGGGCCUCAGCGGGGACGGGGACAGAGGCUCAGCCCCGCCAGGGGACGGCACCGGUCCCAGAGCAGCCCGGCUCACCAGCUAGCAGGAAACCGCCUCCUAUUUCCAAGAAGCCCAAACUGUUCCUGGUGGUGCCACCUCCACAGAGAGACUUCCCAGAGCGGCAGGUGGAGGACGGCCACGGAGCCCUCUGUGCCCAGCCAAGGCCUCCCAGAGAAGAAGCCAGAGAGACUCUGGCAGCGGGGUCCGGUUCCCACGAGCCUGACUCCAGUGGUCACCCGGUGCUUGGGGCAGGAGCUGCCGGAGCUGCGGCGUCCCUGGGCACAGUGGAAGCCCAUGUCCCCAUGGUGCCACCCGAUGCUGUGCCAACCCCCAAGCAGGGGAAGCCAGGCGCCUCGGAGGAAGACAGCGUGGAUGACGGAGGGUGCCUGGACAGACGCCUGGGCCCGGAGGGCGGACAGGCUGCCGUGCUGGAGACGGAUGCAGCAGGUCCCGCCUCGGAGGCCUGUGACGCCCUCGGGGAAGACGGGAGUGACGAGGCGAUGACCCCCACUAGACCCAGGACCACCGAAGACCUUUUUGCAGCUAUCCACAGAUCCAAAAGGAAAGUCCUGGGCCGGAAGGACUCGGAUGAGGACCACUCCCGGAACCAUUCCCCAUCCCCCCCGGUGACACCCACCAGUGCCACCCCCGGCUUGACGUCCCCGAAGCAAGUGGGGUCCAUCCAGCGGGGCCUGCGGAAGAGCAGCACCAGCAGCGACAACUUCAAGGCGCUUCUGCUGAGGAAGGGGAGCCGGUCGGACGCCAGCGCCCGCAUGUCGGCGGCCGAGAUGCUCCGGAGCACGGACCCGCGCGUCCACAGGCCCCGCGCGGAGCCCGCCCCGGACGCCCCCGAGCCCCCGGCCAGCCCCUCCCCGGGCAGGCACCGCAGGGCCCCGGAGGAGUGGGCCAGGAACGAGGGCCUGAUGCCCCGCAGCCUGUCCCUCUCGGGCCCGCGCUACGGCCGCAGCCGGACGCCGCCCUCGGCCGCCAGCAGCCGCUACAGCGCGCGCCACCGCAGCCACGGCAGCGCCAUGACGGUCAUCUGCGAGGGCGACGGGGAGGCCGCGGAGCCCGCGGACGCCAGAGCCCGCCGCGCCUCGGGCGCCGCCCGCGGGGGAGCCCUGGACGGGCCGGCGGGGCCCGGGAUGGACCGGGCCGACGAGCCCGCCGCCCUGCUGGGGACCCCGGCCCCCGGCCCCGCAGACGCGAGGCCCGGCCCCGACGGCAGGGACCUGUCGGCACAGAGCGCGGAGCCCCCGAGGGAAGAGGGCUAGGGGCCGGGCCGGGAGCCUCCCGCCGAUGCGGGGCGGGCGAGCCACACAGCCUCCAGGAAGCCCCGCAGCCCGCUCGGUGCCCGGGGCUGCAGGGCAAGGCCUGGGGACCCGCCUGCACUCGCCCCGGGGCGUAAAAGCCAGUAGACGCUCAAGUGCCGAAAGUGCUUCCUGGGGAAGGUGAUUUUGCUCAAUGCUGUGUGUGUGCGUGUGCAGGGUGUGUGGGCGUGCACAUUUUUUGGAACAUUUUUUAUUUUAAAAAAAUACAGCAUGUACAGAAAUGGGGGGAGUUAAGGUAGGGAAAGCAGUGGAGUCUUCUGGACCAGGCGGUAACCGCUAUAAAAGAAAUGUUUAUGGGUGUUGGUGCAUUUCCUGUGAAAGCUGCCCCCGUGGCCUCUAGCAAGAGGGGGAGGCUGGCUGGCUCUUGCUGCCCAGAACACACUUGUUUGAACACGAGCACAGUGUGCCUGGAAGAGAGGCAGGCACCAUGGGCACAGAGAAGUUGGGAAGGGCUGUGUGACUGAUUGGUUCAGGUACUUUUUUUCUGGGGGAAAAGGGUUUCCUUUCUCUUUUGUACAGAUGACAAACCUGUGGAAAUGGCAACGUGGAGCCUGCUGCUGUGUACCCACGUACACACAACUCGUAGCCUGAGUUUAGGAAACAUGGGUGGUUUGUAAGUGUACUUUCUCCGUGAGGACAGUGAGACCUUCCUGGAGAAGGAAGUGAUGGUGUGUACAAGCAAGAGGGCAAGAGGGGGACUGGGGAGAGAAGGAGGUGAUACACUGCUGGAAUUUGUUUCCUGCUUAUGAAAUAAAGUUAUUUUUCAGAAUUAAAUAUGAAAACUUGCACUACAGAAUUGUGGGUGGAGCUGUUCCUUUUACAGCCCGUUUUUGUACCAGAGUUUAAACUCCCACUUGGCAAUUUCUUAUUCCUUGAGAUGUCAACAUUUGCUAACUUUUGGAUAUACUUUUGGUUACACCAAAGAAAAAUUUACAGCUAUUUUUCCUUUGCCUGCCUGUGGUAUCACGUCCUAAUUUAGGAGGGUUUAUCAAAGUCUAUUAUCUUACUUUGAAGAAAAUGCCGAAUAGCUCUUGUUAGUGAAAUAAACUGAUACUAAUUGGCAGGGCUUGGCUAUUAGCCCUGGGAAAUGAGUUUCUAGAUUAAAAUGACUUUUUGCAUCAUUUGGUUUGUGUGUUUUUACAUUGUUUAUAAAUAAUUGAGUUUGCUAAUUGCCUUUUCAAUUAGAAUUUCUACAUUUUCAAACAUGAGAGAAAAGUGCGUAAUUUAUUUCAAUGUAAUAAACUUAUCACUUCCCAACUUCCUCCCAUCUAGCCUGCUUUUCUCGUUGGUUCAGUAAAAGCAGAAUCUCAUUUUCUGCAUCAGAAGGACCUGUGAUGACAGUACUGUGAUUCUUUGUCUAAAUAAAAUGCAGCUGCCAAUUGUCAUUUUUUUUUCUUGGUAUGAAAAUAUCAUCUAAUGUUGGACCCCACAGUUCAAGUCACUUAUAUAAUAAAACUUUAGAUAUCUGUUUUACACAGCUCUGUCAGGAAAAACAAGCCUCAAGAAUUAAGGCUACAUCCUUUUUCUGAAGAAAACACCACACUUCCCCACCCCCACCCACGACCGGAAAUCAAGACUUGCUUUCUAGCCCAAGGCAGAAGGACUUAUCAUUUGCAGCAAACCUCUACUGCACUGAGAACAAGGAUCUUAUCUUCUGAAUUUUAUUAGAGUAGCGAUGGCUUUUGAAUAUGAAAAAUAUCCCUGGCUACCUAAAAAAUAUGAGAACAGCUGUGGAUAUGUGAAGCCUUUAACUUAAUACAUAAAUCAUUUAUGUGCAAGGUAAUCAUAAAACCGUAACAAAAUCCUCAUUUGCCUUACAAAGAAACUACACCAGGUUUUUAACUGUUUUGAAUAAAACAAUUGUAAAUAUUUGAAA